GGAGGUAGGAACACUGGAAGGUACGUAAUUGUAGUCGUACAAGCAAAACCGCCAUCCAGGUACAUAAAGUUGGACAGUAGACGCCUCAUCCAUAAUGACUUCCACCUUCCAUCUCCUCAGAUAUAAGCCCGCCCACGCAGAAUCCUAGCAUAACCUUGAACCACUGCCCCAAACCCAACCUACUACACCACUUAGACAGAUCAAGAAUGGAUUCCUCAAAGAACACCCAGCAGCAGGAGAAGAAGCCGGAACAGCAACCUGGCGAUAGCGCUCGUUCUAAGGUUCAAGAGGGAGUCGAGAGUGUCUUCGAGCAUCACAAGGCGGCCCCGGGGCCAGCAGUGCCCAAGGACUUCAAUGUUGCCCAGGAAGGCACCAAAGAGGAGCGAAAAGCCAAGGCUCAAGAGUUGAACAAAUAGCCGAGCUAUCUAUCUUCUCUGCUGCAUUGCUCGUUGUAGUCUGGGUGGGAGGACUUGAUUGACUACAUGCGUAUUCAGCCCUAACAUUCUUCAGCAUAGUAAAAAGCCAAUAAACUUCUAUCCUAAGCCGU